UUCUGCGCGGACAUGAUCGCACUUCCGCUCCCCAUGAUACCGGAGAGAAGUUCUGACAGCUGAGGUUCCACUCGGGUCAUUCCCAGCCCCGGUCCCUCCCCCAAAUCACCCCUUAUCAUCAUUUGCAUCCGCGAUUGCCUCGAUCAAUCGCAGAGUGGCGUUUGGGCGAGUGAGUGAGCGGGGGGCGUCCGAUGAUGCUGUAGCAGGGGCUGCUAGCUUCGAUUUUUACAGGCGUUUGAGCGGCGGGGCAGGGGGCGGGCCGGAGCACAGCAUCGCCUGCGGUAGCCAUGCUGACGCUGACCAGCAAGCUGAGGAGGAACGAUGGCGGGCAGACGAGCCAGGCCGGCGGAGUCUCGGACGCCACCCUCAGGGUCUCCAUCAGGGACCGUCUCCUUACCAAAGAAGUUGCCGAACUUGAAGCCAAUCUUCCUAGUACAUGCAAAGCCAAUUUCCCAGAUGAGGACAAGUUGCACCAUUUUCAGCUGGCCGUGUCUCCGGAUGAAGGCUACUACCAAAGUGGCAGGUUUCAGUUUGAAAUAAAUGUGCCCGAAGCCUACAACAUGGUGCCUCCAAAGGUGAGAUGUCUGACCAGAGUAUGGCAUCCAAACAUCACGGAGAACGGAGACAUCUGCCUAAGCCUUCUGCGUGAGCAUUCGAUUGACGGCACAGGGUGGGCCCCAACCAGAACCUUAAAGGACGUGGUUUGGGGAUUGAAUUCCUUGUUCACUGACCUGUUGAAUUUCGAUGACCCGUUAAACAUCGACGCAGCGGAACAUCAUUUGAGAGACAAGGAGGAUUUUCGCAACAAAGUUCAAGAUUACAUUAAGCACUACGCCAGAUGAUAGCCGAGGCAUCGGGCCGCAGCGAAUCCGCUGGCGCUGCUCGCUCCACCUUUGCCUCAGCUUUUCUCAACACUGAAUGGGCAGACCGGCCGGCCAGUCGUCUCUCUCCAACGUCUCGCCGCGUUCACCUCCAUCGCAAUAAACCUCCACGCAAACAUCAUUUGAGCAAGGACACAAAGCUUUAUGCUUUCGUUAUUCUUCGGGAGGUGACGGCGACGCGCCGGCCCCACGCCGCUGCUAGCUUGACGCCAAGACAGCCAACACGCCGCGAGCGAGCAAGCGAGAGGCCGCUCUUCAAGUCUGUCUUUUUGUGUUUGUUUUUGCUUCCGAGUAAUGAAUCAAGAGGUUUAUCAUGUAUGUGCGUGCUCAGUUCCAGUGCCUGCAGUGUUUGUGUUAGCAGAAAGAAAAGAAAAAGAAAAAAAAAAGCAUGUGAGUUGACACGAUGUCACGGAAAGACAUUUACACGUUUGCGGACACCUUCCGUGCUACACGCUAGCAAGCCAGACAGCGUUUGAAUGAUCAGCAACAUAGCGUCCUCAGCUCUUGUCCUGCACACAUACACACAAACGUAUUUCGAUCUGCUUUUUUUUUCUCAUCGUUGACGUCUACGUGCAAAAUGGGAGACUUUUCACAUCAUGUCAUUUCUAUUUUCACAUUUCCCCCCCCCCCCCCAUGAGUCUCACAAACUGCGAAAAUGUAUCACUGAGGAGAGGAUAAAACACAAGAAUACUCAAGUCAGUGUUCAAAAUGACUUGGGAAGUCGUGCUCCAAGGGCAACAAUAAAUGACCUGCAAGUGUUUUCUUCCAAA